ACAGCCAGCGAAAUGUCUGCGGAAGACAAAAUCGUGGCUCUACAGCCGAAUUGCAGCAACCAGAUGUCGACGCUCAAAUGCAAGACAAAGACAUCCCGACCGGACCUGCGGCAAUGGCAACUGGAACUAAGAAACGACCUCGCUUGGACCUCAACGUUGAAUCCAGGGAGCGCAAACGCGGCAAAAGUAUUUUUGGUAUAGUUCUUGGAACACUCAACAAGGCGAAGAAAGAAGAUAUUCAGAGAAAUUCUAGCGAAGCGGGCAAGAAACGACAAUUGAUUGAACAAAGACUGCAGGACAAGAUUCGAAAAGAAACUGACUCGGUCAGGAGAGCCGAAGAGGCAAAAAAGGACAAGACCAUUGCGAACCGGAAGGAGGAGGAGCUGCAGCUCAAUGAUUCGAUCCACAAGCUUCGUCGGACACGACUACCACUUCUCUCCAAUUUCCUUUCUACAUCUGACGACAUCCCAAUCGACGACUCAGAACCCGCAUCGACACGCGCGCCCUUAUCGCUACCGCCUCGUUCUCAUCCACCUCCCUUGUUCUAUCUCCCUGUUACUCUCCUUCCAUCUCAAGAAGCUUUUCUCGCAAAGCGCAAAGCUGAAGUUAAAGAAGCUGCCGAAACAGAGUGGAACACUUUCCGCGCCGGCCGGACCGCUGGUAUUGAAGAGAUUCGCACACUUCGGCACCGUGCCGCAGAGGAAGAGGCUCGUAAAAAGGCUGAACGGGAGGCCAAUAAGCAGCAAGUGAAAGAUGGGGAUACGGGGGCUGACGUCGUUUCACCGCGUAGAGACGAGUCCCAUGCUGUACCCUCAACCGAGAAGCGUGACGCUGAUAUGGACGUCGACGAGCCUCCCGCUGUUACCAAUGGUAGUGAACCCGUGGAACGCGCGGAUGAAGGCAGGAACGGAGCUGAGAAGGCUACUGCUGCUGAGCCUGAGCGGAAGGAUGAGCCGGCGCCUAUGCAGGCUGACGACGAUGACGCGGUGGAGUAUUGAUUUCCUUCAGUGACUUGCGGUGGCUUUGGAUGCUGAACAGUCCAAGGCUGACGCUCCUCGGGGGUGGUAACCUUCCAAAGGUAGUAGUGCUUUCAUAUCACCCUUUUCAUUUGCUCAUUUUACGUGACUGCAUCUGGAUCUCUCAUGUGUUUUGCUCUGUUCGAUUCAAUACGAUGGUGCUUCAGUUAUUGACGUCAC